AUGAUACUGCUUCGCUACUCUGUUGUGGCUUUAUGUCUGCUACUUAACCUAGUGUGGGGAUUGUAUGAUUUCCAAAAGCCAGGGUACUUGUUUAAUGUUGGUGCCAAACGGUUUAUUGGCAAACUAAAUAACAAUCACUUGUACUUGGCGACGGAUCCUAAAGAUGCUAACUUAAUUAGGAUGAGUACAGUUGUUUCGGAUCAGGUUGCUAGUGCUGUUUUUAGCCUUACAAAUCAAUCGGGUGGCUCAAUGUAUAUGGGCGCGGAUAGAAUUGCUGAUCGAACUGGAGUAACUCUAAAGGCCAGUAACAGUGAUUCUACGACUCGUUUCUAUUACACCUCUCCUGCUUACAUGGGCAGUCAAAUGGUGCGGAUUGGUCUACAGGGGCUGUGCCUGGAUAUGAAUAAUAGUGAUAACCUGGUCAUGGUAGCUACUUGUGUUGAUUCGAGCUCCCAAUGGGUCCGCAACCAACUUUGGGUCUGGGUAACCCAGGAUAAAUACAACGAAGAUAUCAAAACCAAUUCGUUUGCCUAUGAUACCAUUAAUGGCUCUUCAGGCGCGCCCGAUAUUAACAACAAUUCCACCGGCCUAACUACCCCUGCUAGCAAGGUAGUCAACUACUACAGCACUAAAGAGAACAUCGGCUAUCUCUAUAACCGUGGCAGCAAAAAGUUCCUGGCUCUUGGCGAUAACACCCAGUCUCUAAAGUUCCAUAACCCUUCUGAUAUCAAACCUUUACCACUCUCUAUCUUAGUUGGGUACACUAAUAGCAUUGGCACGUACCAGCUUAUUGCUCGGGCAGCAGACGAACAUACUCUUUCUCUCGGUACUAACGCCGGGUAUGAUGACCAUCUAAACGUUCAACGUCUAGAUCUUUUCGGUGGUCUGAGCUACGUUCAUAUGGGUCUCUACCAUACAACCACUACAGCCAACCGACUGGCCAUUUCACCUCCCUACUACAAAAACGAGCCUGCUUUCAAAAUCCAUCUCUACACGUACUGUCUAGCCGUUAACGAGCAAGACGAGUUCAUUCGUACCAACUGCACUGAUGACGACAAUGGCACUCCUACCAUGGACAAUGACCGCCAGCUCUUUGAAUUCUAUUCCGCAGAAGAUUUGAGCCGAUGUUUACGCUAA